AUGUCCACCGACGAUUUUCAGACGGAAACCGCUCUUAGCAGCAAGGGGAACGAAUACACGAUCACCAGGCCCGUCGGCGGCGAAGUUGUCAACUCCUUUUCUUCGAGCAAUUCGAAGGAGAACUUCGGCAUCAGCGUUGUUUGGAAACCCCAAGGCUCUGCCGAGUGGAUCCACACACCCCAGGAGGUGCAUGAGACGGCGGCCAUCACCAGAUACAAGCUCGUACAACAUGAGACCAAUAGCGACGGAGAGACCCUAUGCACACUCCAUUUCACAAACACGAAGAGCUACGGAUAUCAUUUCUUCGAUCAGACGGGUGAUAAGUACUGGGUGAGCACCUGGUUGAAGGGCAACCAUUCCGUCGACUACAAGUCCAAGAAACCCACCAUCGUCUUUAUCACUGGAGAUUAG